AUGACCGACACAGAAAAGACCGCAGAAAGUUCAAAAUCCCCGGAAGCCUGGAUCCUAGGAAGCGGCACGGCAGCGCUCUCCUCGGCGCUGUAUCUAAUCAAGCUCGCGCACAUCUCGCCGCGAAAAAUACACAUUCUCGACUCGCACGGCUCGCUCGGCCAGGCCGUGCAUCAUAGAGGAGACCACUCGGGCGGGUACGACCAGUUCGCGGGCUGUCUCCCUGUGCCCGUCGGGGAGCCGCUGAAGGAUGUGCUGGCGCUUGUGCCGAGUGUGAGGGAGUCCGGGGCGAGUGUGUUUGACGAGAUCGAGGCGGCGCGGUAUAGACGUGUUUCGUCGUCGUCUUGUCGGAGGGAUGGGUAUACGCGGUUUCUCUUACAGAGAGACGAUGAGCUUACGUCUAUUCCGACCAAGACGUUGAAUUUAGGGCUGAGGCAGCGGAUGGCGCUGGUGCGGCUGCUGCUGAAGAGUGACGAGGCGCUGCAGAGGAAGCAGGUGAAGGAUUUCAUGCCGGCGGCGUUCUUUAGCAGUACGUUCUGGGCGAUUUGGUCGGGCCAGUUUGGGUUCCAGCCGUGGCAUGGCGCGUGUGAGUUCCGGCGGACGAUCAGUCAGUAUCUGCGAGACUUCCAUGGGCUGCCGAUUCUGAAUUGUCUGGAUAUCACGGGGCGGUUCCAGUUUGAGGCGACGUUUUUGCCGAUUUAUCACUAUCUAAGGAGUCUGGAUGUGGAUUUUCGGUUUGAUGCUGCGGUUAAGGAUAUUAUCACCAGUCCGGAAAAGGACGGAGGAGGUGGGAAGGUUGUGAGGCUCGAUCUGAUCGAGAAUGGGUUCGAGGUGCAGCAGCCCAUUGGGGACGACGAUAUCGUGAUUGUAUCGAUUGGGUCGACGGUAUCUGGCUCGACGACAGGGACAAACGAGCGCCCUCCGUUCCGGACAGCGAUGGAGGCGAACGAAGCCCUCGACGAGAACUGGUCGCUGUGGCUGACGCUGGAAGCGAAGAAUGCCGGCUUCGGCGACCCGUAUAAUUUCUGCACGCGGCAGACGGAGACGAUGCUGGAGUCGUUCACGGUCACGACGGAGGAUCUGGAGAUGUACGAGCAUCUCUGCUCACUGUCGGACUGUCCGCCACAUGCCGGGGCGUUUAUGGCGCUGCAGGAGAGUCCGUGGCGGAUGAACCUGUGUCUGCCGACGCAGCCUGUCUUUGCAGAGCAGCCCAGCAGUGUACGUGUAUUCUGGGGCUUUGCGAACUACCCCGAGACGCAGGGACGGUAUGUGCACAAGCCGAUGGUGACGUGCUCUGGAGCGGAGAUCAUGGUUGAGCUGCUGGGGCAUCUGCAUGUCGACGAGAGCCAGCUGGUGGGCAGGACGGUGACGGUGCCGCGUGUGAUGCCGCGGAUGAGUGCGAUAUUACUGCCUCGUGCGGUGGGAGACCGGCCAGAGGUGAUUCCAAGCAGCAUCUCGAAUAUCGGGCUGGUCGGGCAGUUCUGUCAUCUACCGCAGUAUAGCUGCGUGGAUGUCAGUUACAGCGUGCGUACGGCGCAGAGGGCAGUCGAGAAGCUGACGGGGGUGAAUAUGAAGUGGCAUGAGGAGAGGCUGCAUCUGUGUACGAUGCUCAAAAUAUUAUUCUGGCGGUGA